CUCGCCGGGGUGCAGCGCGCCUGCGAAGCGUUCCGUCUACUCAGUGGGCCCAAUUUGCUCAGUUGGAUGUUUGACGCAACCCGGGACACUAGUCGGUCAAAAAAAAGAUGUUUCCCGCAUUCGCAUUCGGUGAUGUUUUGGCGCGCUAUUCAAAGUGAAUUCUAAAUUUUAAAAGUGUUUGUGUUUUGUUUGUGGUGUCUGUGGCAGCUGUGACAUUAAAUUAAAAAGUUAACUUUCUUUUUUCUUUGGACUAAAAAGGCCUCAAAAUGUACGGGUUGCUUCUAGAAAACAUGGCGGAGUUCAUCCGACAAACGUACGGCGAGGAGCGCUGGGAGGACAUCCGGAGGCAGGCCGGAGUGGAACAACCCUCGUUCUCAGUCCACCAGGUGUACCCUGAGAACCUCAUCACCAGGCUGGCCAAGAAGGCUCAGGAAGUCCUAGGCAUCACGGAGCGCGAAUUUAUGGACCAAAUGGGAGUCUACUUCGUGGGUUUCGUGUCCCAAUAUGGCUACGACCGCGUCCUGUCCGUCCUAGGCCGUCACAUGAGGGACUUCCUGAAUGGCCUAGAUAACCUACACGAAUACCUAAAGUUUAGCUAUCCUAGGAUGCGAGCGCCUAGUUUUAUAUGCGAGAACGAGACGCGGCAAGGACUGACGCUGCAUUAUAGGUCGAAGAGGAGAGGCUUCGUGUAUUACGCUAUGGGACAGAUUAGAGAGGUAGCCCGCCACUUCUACCACAAGGAGAUGCGAAUAGAGUUGCUAAGGGAAGAACUCCUGUUUGACACAGUCCACGUGACCUUCCAGCUGACAUUUGACAACCGGGCGUUCACCCUGGCGUCUCUGGCCAUGACACGGGAGGAGAAACAUCUGCCCAUCAGCGCCUCUGUGCUGUUCGAAAUAUUCCCGUUUUGCAUCGUUUUUGGAUCUGACAUGGUGGUCCGCAGCAUCGGCAACUCUCUAAUGGUGAUUCUACCCGACCUGGUGGGCAAGAAGAUCACCAACUGGUUCGAUCUAGUCCGACCGCUAAUCGCGUUUAAGUUUCAAACCAUCCUAAACCGGACGAAUAACAUCUUCGAGUUGGUGACGGUAGAAGCAGUCAUCCAUGAGAAGGCCACAGACAAGAGGAGCGAGAUCCUAAAGCUAUCGGAUGAGUCUGAUGGGACCACGGAGAAGAAUUUAAGGCUUAAAGGUCAAAUGAUCUACAUGGACAACUGGAGGAUGAUGAUGUACCUGGGGACCCCUGUGAUGCCGGACCUCUCUGCGCUGGUCUCCACGGGCUUGUACAUCAACGACUUGUCCAUGCAUGACUUCAGCAGAGACCUGAUGUUAGCCGGCACGCAGCAAUCCGUGGAGCUCAAACUAGCCCUGGAUCAGGAGCAGCAGAAGAGCAAGAAACUAGAAGAAUCCAUGAGAAAACUGGACGAGGAGAUGAAGAGGACUGACGAGCUCUUAUACCAGAUGAUACCUAAGCAAGUUGCUGAUCGACUAAGGAAGGGGGAGAACCCUAUUGAUACGUGUGAGAUGUUCCACAGCGUGUCCAUCCUCUUCUCCGAUGUGGUCACGUUCACGGAGAUCUGCUCCCGCAUCACCCCCAUGGAAGUGGUGUCCAUGCUAAACGCCAUGUACUCCAUAUUUGAUACACUUACUGAACGGAACCGCGUCUAUAAGGUGGAAACGAUAGGAGAUGCUUAUAUGGUUGUAUCCGGAGCUCCUGAAAAAGAAGACAACCACGCCGAGAAAGUCUGCGAUAUGGCGCUUGACAUGGUGGACGCCAUCACUGACCUUAAGGAUCCUAGCACAGGUUCUCAUCUCUCUAUAAGAGUGGGAGUCCACUCCGGCGCAGUCGUAGCCGGCAUUGUUGGCCUCAAAAUGCCUCGAUACUGCCUCUUCGGAGAUUCCGUCAACACCGCCUCGCGAAUGGAGUCCACCUCGGAAGCCAUGAGGAUCCAUAUAUCGGAGACGACGCAAGAGCUACUCUCACCCUCUUAUAUGGUGCAGGAGAGGGGGGAAAUACAGGUUAAAGGGAAAGGCUCAAUGAAGACCUACUGGCUCGAAGGUAGAGAGUCCAGACCUUCCCUAACCAAGGUGAUAUCGCCCCAACUCCAGCCAGGCAUGGAGCCAGAAUGGGAGCGAGCGGCUGAUGUCAGAGACUCCAUCGCCGAGUAUUCUGCGCAGCAGUUCUUGAAUAAGGAGAACAACGGUUUGCAGGCAAAUGCCGUGCAGAACUCUGGACCGAGCUCGUUGGUCAGUCUAUCAGGGAACACUUUAGCCCAGCCGUCAACCCAAACAGUCCGAAACUCAGGGCACGCGACACCAACUGUGACGUCACCUGUAGAAGAACGACGGAUGUACUCGCCUGUCACUUUCCAAGAUGUCGCGCGACGGAGCUUAGCUAACUCGCCGAAUAGGACUGAGAAGCCCAGAGAUUCGCGGUCUAAUUCGGCGAGCCUGGGCGGCAACUGGGCUGAUACAGAGUCUCUCGCUACGGACCCUGCGAGGACCAUCGACAGCCUCAAUUCUAUUUGUUACAGUGCGACGUCCCCUUGCAGAAACGGUACCGCGCCCCCCUCCAAAGAAAGGAAGGAGAGCAUCGGCGAUGCAGCUUGCGUGGCUCGAAUGUCCGCAGUACACUCGGCGCCGCCCGCGUGCGUCGUCACAGACUCGUCACAUCCACACAGCGCAGAGGAAAUAGAAACCGACACAGAAUACCAAGACGCGCACGAACUCAGCCAAAGCCACAUCUGCACUGUCUCAGAGGCCAUCACAGAAAACCCCAAACCUGGCAGAGUGGGACGCUUUAAAGCCCGGAUAGCACCCCACAAAAGCUGCGUCACCAAAUCCCAUAAGGAAUCAUUAAAGGACAAAAACCCCCCUGUCCACGGGCACCAUCACACGAAGAACGUGAAUCACCACCAGUGUUGCGGCGCGUUCGGAAACCCACACGUGAGACAUAAAAAUAAUUCUAGCUGUCAACUUAUUUAGGAUUUUAGUCCAACACGGGUAAUUACACUUUAAAUAGGCCUAUGAUGUAUGUUGGGUACUUAGUGAUGAGGCUCAAUUUGACUUGUUUGAUGGCAGCAGAUAUCGAACAAUUUGGUGAAGUGUCUACCGCCGUCAGAGAGAUGUCGAAGUUGUUUAAAGUCAUGUUACAAAUAUCAUGACUGUGCUGUUAUUAAAAUAUUGAAUUGAGUCCAUCGGUUAAGGAUUAUAGAAACAUUGGUGUUGUUAUUUGGUCACAUUAUGCAAAUAUUAGGUGGUAAGUAUUAUCAUUAUUGAAUUUGAAUUAAAAUUCAGUCAAGGUAUUUACAGAAGAAAAUAAAAAUGUAAUUUUGGUAGAAUCUCAUUUUUUUAGUUUUAGGUCUUUUUGUAAAAUUGCUAGGUAGUCGUCGGGCAUUUUUUUUUAUUUCUACCAAAUUAUCAUUGAACUUCCAGAACUCAGAUUCUGACAUUCCAUGAAUUUUCAAAAUAUAGUUCAGUCUUAGUGGCUAAUUUGUACUAAAUUUUAGUUUAUUUCCAUUCUUACAGAAUACAAGGUUUGUGUUGUUAUCAAUUAUC